CAGGGGAAUUGCCAAGACCUGUUUCAUGCAUGUCCACUGGCGGCAGGUUCAACUUUGACGAUGGGGGGUCAUACUGCGGAGGGUGGGAGGAGGGCAAGGCGCACGGCCACGGGAUCUGCACGGGACCCAAGGGCCAGGGCGAGUACUGCGGUUCCUGGGCCCACGGCUUCGAGCUGCUGGGCGUCUACACCUGGCCCAGCGGGAACACCUACCAGGGCACCUGGGCUCAGGGCAAGAGACACGGCGUGGGCGUCGAGAACAAGGGCCGCUGGGUGUACAAGGGCGAGUGGACGCACGGCUUUAAGGGACGCUACGGCGUGCGGGAGAGCACGGGGACGAGCGGGAAGUACGAGGGGACUUGGAACAACGGGUUGCAGGACGGAUACGGAACAGAGACGUACUCAGAUGGAGCUUCAUGAGGACACACUGUGUAUUUGGAUGCCUUCAAUUCAGGCCAUGCAGUCUUAAGGGAUGAAUAAAAGGUUGGAGGGACAGAUGAGGACAGCAGCUCCCAAGUAACAACUCCCAAGAAAAACAAGGUGUUUUAGAAAACAGGGUUGGGCGGAGGGCUGAGACAUCAAAUCCAUGUCUUCACCCUCCAUUUCCACGCUUACAUGUACCAUGCCAGUUUAAUCACUCCGGUUUGCUGUAACAGAUCUAGUCAAAUACACAGAACAAAAUCAUUCACACUUCAGUGGCAGUGUAGGAGGCUAAUUUAUUAAUAUUAUUAAUAUAAUAAUAAUAAUAUUCUUUCACUCCAACCGAGCUAGUUGUGGUUUUGGUUGGAGUCUACACCCAUUUGUGGCUCUGUGAGGCCAGCUUAGCAUCAGCAUGCUAACAUACUGAUGCUAAGCUGGUAUGAUGUUUACCAUCUUAGUUCAGAGUGUUACAAUGCUUACAUUUGCUAAUUAGUCCAAAUGUUUUAUUAACAAUACUUGACAGGGAAGGCGUGUCAGCUUUGGCUCAUUACAUGAAUAGUGUCUUUUCAAAAUAAACUUCCGCGUUCACAGAAAAAGUACAUCUCCCGCUCAUUGUCCUUUCAAAAUAAACUUGGUAGACUUACUUACGUUGCAAGUAAGUAAACUUCUUGGCUAGGCUUACGAAAAGGUCGUGGUUUGGGUUAAAAUAAGUAUGCUUUUUUAAAUGUAAAAUAAGUAUGUUUGUAACAAAAGUAAGGUAAAGGAUGUCAUUGGUGACUUGGUUUCACACGAGACAUGAGCACUAGUCUCCUGGGUGACAAAGCGAUGUUCGAUCAGCCAUUCACCCCAACCUCCACCCUUAGUGGACUUUCACGCUUUUUUACAAUACGUACCUUCUAAUACUGACACAGAUGGCUUUAUAAUGGGGUUAGUUGAAAGCCUAGUGCGUCUCAUACAGACGCUAAAGUGUGCCUCUGUGCUUUUGUAUAAGACGCCAAGGGCCACUGACCAAGCGUCUGUAUUUGACGAGUUGGGAGUCAGAACAGGUUGUUCUUGGGAGAACCAAAAGACAAAUCACCACUAAGGUGGACGUUAAAAUCGAAUCUAAUCUACACAUUAACUAUAGCCGAGACUGAUGGGAAUGUCACUUUCGAAAAAAAGGGAUCAGAGUUGAAACAAUUCAUCUUCUGGUGACAAUGAAUGUCUAUAAUCAUCCAACAGUUGUGGCAUUUCACUCAAAAUCACAAAUGUGAACCUCAUGAUGGGGUUAGAGGAAAAGUCACAGGGUUGCCAAAGUGAUUAGGCGUCGUCUUCUGGGAACCAUGAGUAAUGUAGUUAAGGUUUUGUGCCAGUCCAUCUAGUGGCUGUUGAGAUAUUUUGUGGUGGUUCGACUGAUCGGCAUUGCCAUAGCGCCAUGAUGCUAGCAUGACAACAAAUAUAACCAAAACAAGUAGGACGCCAGAAAGAUCAAAUUGUUUUACUGUUGUGAUCUCUAAAUCUGAAAGUUCUGCCAAAUUACGUUUUGGCCACUUUGAUCCAUGUAAUAUAUCCAUGACUACAUGUUUCUACAGUAAAAAGCUAGAACAUCUUUAAUUUGUAAAAUAUUUUUUUGAAGCAUCAGAUUUACCCUGUAAUUGAAAUCAGUGUCAUUAAUGUAAUUUGAGUCUCUUAGACUGAGACAGUCACUGUUAAUGAGACACCGCACACCAUAUGGAUUCCUGCUUAAAAAUAGACACAUGCGCACACACACACACGCACGCACACACGUAUACACAUUGUGCGUGCAGAAAUGUACACACAUGAAAUCUGGCGGUGUGAGUUGAGCAACAGAGCUGACAACAGCAUACACGCAGUUAAAGCUUUGUUACAUAACUCUACAACUUGCAGGGCGUUUUACAAUGCCGGCCUGGACCACACACACACGGACACACACACACACACACACUCCUGAGCUGCCCGAUAAAAUCCGCAGACUGGUUGAAUCAGGACAAAGGAGAUGAUAACCAGACAGAUGGGGCAGACGGACAGAUGGACAGAGGUGGGGAGGGAUAGAUGGAUCGACAGAUGUACAGAUUGAUGGAUGGAUGGAUCAGUUAAAUGAUGAACAGAUCAUGCAAAGAUGGCAGGUUGGAUGGAUGAUUAUCGUGAUUGCUAUGAGAGAUUCACUCUAAUCAAGGGAGUGAGAUGAAGACAAAAUGGAUGGAAAAUUUUUUAUAAGAAAACCACUCAGAGAGAAACGUGUUGGAGAGACGGCGUAGCGCUGUGAAGUAUUUGAACCCACAUACUGUAAACGCAGCAGAGAUUGGCCUAGUUAUGAGUGUUUAUCUCACUCAAGCAGUACACCGUGUCCUUAUUAUAACAGCAUCUAUUUGUCCUUUGUAUAAAUAUAUGAGGUGGAAUUAUUUUAAUGGAGAGAGUGA